AUGGCGAACGCGAAGCGAGAGACGAAGGCGACGGCGAAGACGGUGGACGUGGAGGUGGUCGCGGAUUCGGACGCGCGCGAACGCGCCCAGCAAGCGGUGAAAGCGCUGGAGGAAGGCACCGCGGAGGUCGUGGCGCUGGUUGGUGUUGGGUUACAGGUGAGCAAGACGGUGGCGGCGGCGGAACUGGUGAAGAGAUCGAUGCUGGGGGUGCAUCAGUGCACGACGUACGCGCCGGUGACGGUGAAGAACGCCAAAGCCACGCAGAUUCGAAUCGAAUUGGCGAUGUCGAGCUCUGUUUUGGACGUCACGUCGCCGGGUUACCAAGAACCUGGUAUGGGGACUUCUUCCCCAGCGCGGAAGCGAAAGCCGACCAUGAGCUUCAAGCGAGAGGCGACGAUGCCGAUGAAGAAGAAAAUGGCAAAAGCUUUCCACCAGGCGCAGGCGAAGAAGCAUGAAGCUAGAAGGGGUGAUGCGGGGAACAAGAAUGCGGCACCGUCUGCGUAA